UCUAAUAUCUGCAGGACAGUCGUCCUCCCCGUCGUUACGUGACGUCACUCUCCCAGAAUGCCUGGGCUCCAGCGCGGCGCCCCGCUGUCCAGGCCCAAACUCCAACAAACAGCUUCCAAACUUCUCCCAUCAUGUCGCCGUGAAGCGCAAAACGGGGCGGAAAGCAGGAAAGGCAUGCGUCCGGUUUGUAAUGACGGUGGACUACCCAGGUGAUUUGGCAGCUGGCACUGUCUGUUUUUAGAUCUUUUCGGUGCUAAACUGGACUGGAGGCCAGCACAACUGCCCUUCUCAAAAAACACUAAACUGAGCCGUCCUCUGAAAACAUCUCAUGACUGCAGCCCCUUUGGGGUUGCUAUGGCAUCUUCUUUAGCACAAUUAAAAUGCUGGACUUUCCCCAUCAACAGUAAAUGGAUCAUUUUUGAAUUCCUGCAGAAGAACAACAAACUUUAAAAAAAAAAUGGUUCAUACUAAUCAUUCAUUCUGGAGUUAAGAGAAUAACCACAAUACCAGUGACUAAUGGUUAUUUCUCCUCAUGACUCUUGUUUGUAUCUGCUUAGGCUCUUGGUCAGCGUCCUGCGCAGCUGCAGAGCCACCAAUUUCCAUGUAAUUAGACCAUGUUUCACCAGGAUAAUCUCAAAGGGCAUGUUUAUGAGGACCUCCCAGCCAGUAGGCAGCUUUUCCAAUGCCAGGAAUGUGGAAAACAGUACAACACUCAGUUGGGUUACAAACGCCACCUGGUUGCCUUCCACAGCACUACGGCGGGCCAGCAAUGCAUGAAGGAGUCCGCAGCUAUGUUGGAGAACCUGGGUGAACACAGUGACACGCCCCUCUCAACAGAGGGAAGCCCUAAUGUGCCAUUGAGAGAGAGGAAGUACUCAUGUGAACGAUGCGACCGGCGGUUUUAUACCCGCAAGGAUGUACGUCGUCAUGCUGUGGUGCACACUGGUCGCCGUGACUUCCUUUGCCCAUGCUGCGCACAACGAUUUGGCCGCAGAGACCACCUGACCCGCCAUUUGAAAAAGAGCCAUGCACAGGAGUCUGGUUUGAUGCCGCCAUCUACUCCCAGCACUCAUGUGGCUCCUCAAACCUCAACCAACCCCUGUCCAGUCAAAGAAGAGCCCAGUCCAGAGUCUUCUGUGAUAAGUUCUGCCUCUAAGGAUACCUCUGAAGCUUUUACUAGGGAAAUGAGCACUUCCUACACCUUGACAAAUCUAAUCCCUGCUAUGGGGCAUCCUCAUGGACUCGUCCAAGGGUCCUUGUCCUCAAGCAUGGGUGUAGGACAUCAUCUGACGACACAUUCUUCCCACUCACUUCGCCAUGGCCUUCAGCCACCAGCAGCAUCACAGCAGCAACCCUAUGCUAACAUGUCACAGUAUCAGUACGGGCCUUCCUCAUACCCGCGCUCUGACAUGGAGAGCUUCCUGCUGGACUUUCAGAGUAACCCUUCACCUCAACUAAGCACCGUGAAUUCCUCCAUUUCUGCUUCACCCCAGAAGCAAAUUUUGGGUGACGGGCUGGAUGUCAGUGGGGACACGCAUGCAUUACCUAGGACCCCUGCUGUCUCUAAUGAUUUGCCGUGCAACACUAAUGUGGACCUUGGGUCGCUGCUUAGCUUUUUGCCUUUCAGCCUGCCACCUUAUAACCCUCACAUGGGGUUAGUGAUGGGUUAUCCACCAUCCUCCUCCCCCACUUCUUCUCCAUCUUCUUCGUCAGGGUUCUCCUCCCAAGCACCAGGGCCUUUCACUUUUUUCCAGCCCCCCCAGUCUCAUGCACCACAAGGCUCAGGAGUUUUUAACCACAGCCAGCUACCUCAGUCAUAUAGUCCUGCUGUAAGCAAUUCCAGCUCCCUACCUCACUAUUACCAUGCUUUUCAGCAGUAAACGGCUCUUUUCCUGAAGUAUUGUCAUAUGCACUUGUUGUAUAUAUUGUUGUACAUAUUAUUUGAAAACAAGCAUCCAAGCAACAAAGUCACCUCAUUAGUAUUACCUCAUAACUGAAAAGAUUUGAAUGUUUUAGAAAAUUCAGCUGAUAUUCACUACCUUCCCAACCCUCAAAAUCCCUCCACCUUUAACAUGGAAAAUGGAUUAACGUUUGAAUGCAGAUAUGUAACCUCUAAAAAACAGUCACCUUUUCUAAAUGUGUAUAUCUUGAAGAGCAUCCUUUCUUUUCUGAACAUCUGUGGCUUUCUGACAAAAGUGUUGAUGGAAUUUUCUUAGGCUGUUUCUCAUCUGCUGCUUUAAUGUGGAUUUAGGAAGCUGCGGUAAUAUCGCUUGUGUUAAGUUGCUGAAGAUAUCUGGAAACAUUUGUCCAUCAAAUGGGUACCUACCAAAGUUUCUCAUUUGCAGUGAACUGAACUCAAAAACUCCGCUUGUUCGAAAACGUUGUCUUCUGUAAGCACAUUAGCUGCAAGAUAUCUUCUACCAUAUCAAUCUUGAUAAACAUGUUAAAGGAGAAGAACUUUUAAAAAUUAAAACAUAAACUUCUGGACAGCAGGCCGUCUAAACCAGAGGUCUCAAAUUCUUGUCCUUAAGGGCCAGGGUCCUGCAACUUUUAGAUGUCUCUGUGUUUUAGCACUCCUGGCUCUGGUAUUAGCUCAUGAGCAGAACUCUUUGGAGCUUGACUGCAUGCCAGGAUGACAGUUUUGCCAUUUAAUUCAGGUAUGUAGGAGAAGGAACACAUCUAAAAGUGCUUUAGGACUUUAGCUUGAGACCUCUGCUCUAACGGUAUGUGCCCAGAAUUUGAUGGCAUGUUUUUCUGCACAAAGCAGUUCAUGUAGCUGUAUGAAUGCGUGAUCGUUCACCUCUGAAGGGGUCUAAGGGUUUCUUAGUCAUUGUAUUUUGUCCCAGAAACCACUGACCUGCUGUACAUGUUACUCUAAAUUAAUGCUGAAGUCUAAUUUAAAGACAUUUGCAGGCACUUCUCCAAUUUGCUUUUUUGUCAUAUGUUUCAUUUUGACCAAUUGGUUUUGCUAGGAUGUCUUGAAAGGCAGAAGGAAGCAGAUACCUUCGUAUGGAGUCCAUGUCUUCCUGCUCCAGGGAAUUAAAAUAUAUUAAGGAAUGAGUUCCUUUCAGCUUUGUGUGGAAAAAUGAGGUGAAAAUGAAAAAUUAAUGCCUUGAGGGGUUGGUAGAUUUUUCUCCCUAGUAUUAAUUUUGUGGAGGUUUUUUUCAUUGUUGUUGUUUUUAAGAAAUUUUAUGAAGCUUAUUCUAAUUUUCAUAGCGUUGCCCCAGGAUCUUAAUCUGCUACUGUUGUGAGAGUGUGUAAUGCUGACUAGAUUAAAGCACUUACAGUAGUUACAAGAGUACGUAUCAGACACAUGUGGAUGUGUAGUUGCUCCUUACGUACCAGUUGCCUCUAGAUUUAAAAACCUAAGUCAGCUAAUGGACAAUCCCUGAUUGCUGGCAGUAAUUUUGCUUCUGUUGGGUUAUGUCCUUCGCGUGUAUCCAGCAAAAUGCCAAAAUAGCUACUUUCUGUCGAUGAUGACUUGGUGAAUAAAUCCAUCCUGUCAGGAGCAGUUCGCUGCUUCUUAACUCCCAUGGAUACAGUAAGGGUAGACUUUUACUAUCCACUGCUUCUGAGUUUUGGAUUUAUUUAAGUAAUCUUGUUCAUCUGAGGUUGACUAAUUUUUUUAUUAUUAUUAAUAUGUAGGACCUUCUAGGAACCAGAGCAGCUUCCCAUUUAUCUUCUAAUUUGUUAAACCUUACAUUAGAGUGAAUACUGUGACUGUAUGUUCAAACACACAUAUGUGUGUACAUGUAUGUGAAAGUCUAUGAGACUACCUCUGCCUUAUCAUAUUUUGAUGUAUAAUGUUUCUAUUAUGGACAAUGGAAAUAUAUGUAGAGUACUUGUUUUAAAAAAAAGGCUCACACCUCCUGAUAAAUUAUGUUCUGUAUUUUGAUUAUUUUCUACAUGGAGAUUGUUUGGAUGAACAAAAAGCCCUCCAAAUAACUUUUAGUGAACCUUUCUUUUAACUGCACCUUUCUAACUUUUACUUUCACAUAUUUCUUUCACUAAUGUUUUUCUUUGGCGGAUCCAAGCAUGGUGAACAUUUUUCUGGUGCUUUUUUUCCCCAGUUUGUAAUCUUUUUCUUUAUUACUGAUUUUCUUCAUCAAUAUCACUCACAAAAACAUCCACUGACGGCUUUCCAGAAGCUAUGGGAGGUGUACCCAAACUUUUACCUGGUACUUUGUGACAAUAGUGUGCCGACAUGGCUCAAUUAUAGAGGAAUUCUUAGAUUUUUCUUAUAUAAUUUUUUUUUAACAAACGUUUUAAUUUCAUUAAAAUUACUACCUCAAGCUGCAGCAAAACAUCUUCAGUAGAGUUCUGUUUUUGUUGCAACAAACCCAA